CACCCCUUUCCCCUUUUGCUAAAAUAUUUUGUACAUCUAAAAACAAAUCUAUUUGCGGCAUAGACCACAAAUCUUACUUUAAAAGUGUAAUAAACACAUCAGAACUCAAAAACCUACUUCAAGUCUCACAUCUUGUUCAUUACUGACAUCUACUGGUAGCAAAUAGGAAGUGAUAAUAAUAAGAAAAACAGCACUAAUAUAUUAGUAGUAAAAGUGUUAAUUAUUUUCAGUUUUUAAAUAAUAUAAGUAAAUAUUGUGCUUAAGGUCUGUUAACUUAAGUUAAGGGAACUUAUUUUUGGAUUUUUCCAGCUGCUAUACGCAGAAGAUCGAAGACCCCCGGGGUGAUGAUCACGCAGUACUCUGCCAGCCUGCCAGAGGGAAAAAGCACUCCAGACUUCCAAUGCAAACCCGUCCCAGUCACCGUCCAGGAAGGGAAAUUGGCUGUCUUCAAGGCUGUGGUUACAGGGGACCCAAAACCAGAUGUGUUAUGGAGACGUGCCAAAGGAACUAUCACAGACAAGGAGAAAUUUCAAAGAAAAUAUGAUGAAUCCACCGGAGAGCAUAUAUUAGAGAUUUACAAAGUGACUUCUGCAGAGAGUGAUACCUACAAAUGCUCUGCUGUGAAUGAGUAUGGAAAAGCUGUGUGCACGACAACACUCAGUGUUAUUGAUGAGACAACAGCUCCUGCAGAUUUCAGAAAACUGUUGAAAAAAAGUAAGGAAGAAAGAGCAGAUGGAGAAAAUGAUGAGAAGUUCUGGGACGCCUUGUUAAAUGCUGAAAGGAAAGACUACGAGCAGAUCUGCAAAGAGAACGGCAUCACAGACUUACACUUGAUUCUCAAGAAGCUUGAAGAGAAAAAGAGGCAGAGAGGACAAAACAAGCAUAAGGACAGUGUGAUACCCUAUGAUGAUGAUGAUGAUGAAGCAGCAAGGAAAUAUGGAAAUAACAGUGUGAGAAGAACACAGGACCUGAGAAGUAACGGUCCUCUGCAGUCUGACUCUGGGCUGUAUCCAGGUCUCCCUGCUGCUGCUCAGAUCAACAUCAGCAACCAAAAGCUGAGCCAAGCAGGCACCGAAGAGGACCUGCUCCUCAUGGAGUACAAACUUUCCAAUGUGGACUUUGUUAUCAAAAUUCAAGAGCUAAACAUUGAAGAAGCAGACAACGCCCUCUUUGAGUGUGUCCUGACACACCCCCUACCUAAAAUCACAUGGAUGAGGAAAGGCCUGGCCCUGGAGGAUGGAGAGAAAUACAGCAUCACUGUGUCAGAGCACAAGUUAAUCCACAGACUGAUGAUCAGAGACUGCUGCAAGACAGACAAAGGCAUCUAUUCCGCUGUGGCUGGAAUUACUUCCUGCAGUGCCUGGCUUGUUGUAGAAGAUCAUGUAUCUGGUGGCAAGAAAACUAUCCGAAAGACCACACUGGCUGGUGGUGUUCAGAGGGACCUGGAGAAAGUGGCAAAAGAACAGCAACUCAAAAACCAGAAGGAAAUGGAAAAGAUUUUAGAGGCUAUAAAAGUAAAACAAGCAGCGGAAAAGGUCAAAAAUGGAAAGACGCCGAAAAUAAACGGAGAAUAUUGCAACGGAACUGGGCAGCAUGGUGGAACUUGGGACAGAAGCUCAGAAGGAGACGGCGGAGAUGGAGCAUCAGAAGAUCCGUGGUGUGUCGAAGAUCGGUGGCGUGCAGACAAUCCUUGGCGUGCAGACGAUCCUUGGCGUGCAGACAAUCCUUGGCGUGCAGAAGAAGGAACAAAGCAGGAAAAAAUGAAAAACAUCCACAAAGAUGCACAAAUUAAAAAUCCAUUGAAGGCAAAUGAGGGUUUUUCUGGAUUUGUGGAAAUUUCAAGAGGAAAAGAGUUAAGUGACGAAUGUCUCGAUGUAGAUGAGUAUCACUCAUCUGCCAUGAAUCAACGUGAAAUCAUCCAAAUAAGUGGAUCCAAAAACUGCAACAAAUCUGCAGGAAGACAGAAGAAAACAAAAAGAGUCCAAUGGAAAGAGCCAGCUGCAGGCUCAGACAUGGAUCCAAAUGAACAAGCAAGUGAUGAAGGACUGAGUGAUGCUGAUGACAACGAGGACGCCUUUGAAAGUGAGAGCCAUGGAUAUUCACAGCAAAAUGAAAAUACAAAAGACACAGCCAAUGGUCAAAGUGCAACGUCUGAGGCUCAUGGCACCCCUGAGGACAUUGAAUGUGUCAGCUGUGCUUCUACACGUGUGAGGCGCAAAAAACAAGGCUCACUGAUCCAAGACUUAGUCACCGAUCCAGGAGUUCAUUUCAUCUGGGGUUUAUCUGACGUGGACGCGAUCAUAAAUGAGACAGCCGAGUUAACAUGUAAGCUCAGCAGUGAUGACUGGGAGGGAACCUGGUUCAGAGACGGCAAAAAGAUAUCCUCAGAUGACAUAUUUUCCAUUACUAAAGAUGGACCGAUCCAUAAAUUAGUCAUAAUAAAAUGUGCUGAGGAUCAUUCUGGGAAAUACCGUUUUGAGGCAGACGGUCGGAAAACAGAGGCGAUGGUCAACGUCAAAGAUCCCCCAAGAUUUAACCCGGAAGACCUUUGUGCUUUCACUGAGCCCUUGGCUAUCAAAGUGGGACACAACGCCAUCUUUAAGGUGCAGUUUGUUGGACACCAGCCCGUGAAGAUCCAGUGGUUCAGAGACGGCGAUGAGCUCCAGGGUGACACCAGUGCAAAAAUAGAAAACUCUGCAGGUCACAGCCGCUUGCUCCUGAGCAGAUGUCAGAGGAAAGACACGGGGGAGAUCAAGAUCAAGCUCAAGAAUGAGCACGGCUUCACCGAGGCCGUCUCCAAACUCCUUGUGCUUGACAAACCGAACCCUCCACAAGGCCCUGCAGAGGUGACCCAGAGUUCAGCUUCAUGCAUUGAAUUUAAGUGGCGACCUCCAAAGGACGAUGGCGGCUCACCUGUGAUUAACUACACGCUGGAACGUCAGCAAGUGGGGCGGAACACCUGGAAAAAGAUGGGGGAAAUAGCCGGUGGACCCACCUACCGCGACACAGAUGUGGAUCGUGGAAGAAAAUACUGUUAUCGAAUAAGGGCUGUUACCGCAGAGGGAAUAAGCGAAGCAAUGGAGACUGACGAUAUGCAAGCUGGAACAUUUGCACUUCCAGGGCCUCCAACACCUCCACAAGUAGUCAGUGCUUUCCACGACUGCAUCAACCUUUCAUGGGCUCCACCAAGUAACACCGGAGGUUCACGUAUCCUUGGCUAUGUGCUGGAGAAACGUAAGAAGGGGAGUAAUCUCUGGGCUGCUGUCAAUGCGGCUGAUGAGCUGAUAAAAGGGAGAAAAUAUGCAGUGAGGGAUGUGGUGGAAGGGAUGGAAUAUGAGUUCAGAGUGUCUGCCGUGAACCUUUCGGGAGCUGGUGAAUCCAGUAACCCCUCUGAGUUUGCCUUCGCACGUGAUCCAAAAAAGCCCCCCGGUAAGGUUACGAGCUUGAAGGUGACAGAAACAUCAUAUACCAACAUGGUUCUUACUUGGACCAAACCGGAAGAGAAGCCAGGGAUUCAAGAUGAAGCAAAGGGGUAUUUUGUUGAGAUCCGGAAGGCAGAUUCCUUGGAGUGGUCCCGCUGUAACAGCACCCCCUUCAUCCUGACGUCCUUCAACGUGAGAGGCCUCAGGUCCAUGGAGAUGUACUGGGUCAGAGUGAUAGCAGCUAAUGAUGGCGGGGAAGGUCCUCCGGAGGAGCUGCCCAAUUAUGUCCUUGCCAUGCCCCUACCUGAGAAUUUCAUGGUGGUGAGGGCUGGAAACUCAGUCCGGAUUACUGUAAACUUUGAGGCCUCGCCGCGGCCAGAGAUUGUGUGGCUGAAGGACAAUGUGCUAGUGAGCAAGCGUGUAACAGUCAGUAACUCUGACUUUUCGUCUCAGCUGCUGAUCCCCAGCUCUGAGCGCUCCGACUCCGGCAUUUACUCCAUACUUCUCAAAAACCUCGUUGGUCAGGAGACAUCCAGCACUGAAAUCAGAGUAACAGAUGAUCCAAAGCCUCCUGGACCCGUUGAAUUGGAAGAAAACGUUCCAGGCACAGUAACGGUGAUGUGGGAACCUUCUCCAGAUGAGAAGCGUGAUGACCGCCUCCACUACACUGUGUCCAAACUGGACUCUUCCAAGCGUACUUGGACCACAGUGGCUGAUAGGCUCUUUAACAACAGGUUCACAGUUUGCAACAUCAUACAUGGAAGAGAAUAUCAUUUUCGCGUGUAUGCCAAAAAUGAUAUGGGCGUCUCGGAACCCUCAGAGUCACCAACUUGGGGGACGGAGAAAAAGAAAGAAAAAUUAGUAAUGAGCGAAUCAGCAAGUAAGGACUGCGAUCUGCGAUGUGCUCCAACCUUCAUUGUGCCUUUGAAGCUUCACACCGCCACCAGGGGCUAUGAAUGCUACAUGAGCUGUGCAGUGAAGGGAACCCCCACGCCUCAUGUCACCUGGUACCGGAACCACGUCAGUCUAAACACCGACACCAACUAUUACAUCUCCAACACCUGUGGAGUUUGCUCCCUGGCCGUCCUGAGCGUGGGCCCCAAAGACGUAGGGGAGUACACGGUCAUCGCGGAGAACAGCUUGGGACGAGCCGAAUGCUCCACAGUGCUCAGUGUCAGAGGCUGAACAAACCAAGGAGUUCUGUCAUCAGGUGAUACCAGACUGAGGUAGAAGUCUUGCAUUUCUGUACAUCACUAAGAUAAAAAAAAUGGUCAUUGUUAAUCAAUGUUGUAUUUUUUAAUAAAUAUUUUGAAGUUCUUCUAUAUAUUUUUUUCUACCUAACAGGAAACACAAAAGUAUAAUCGGAUUUGAUAUAAACAGUUAUUUAAUUUACUGUCUUAAGUUGUUGAUGGCAUGAAUGUGCUAUACUUCAUAUUCUCUCUUAAAUUACUUUUAUUUUUACAAUAUGCACAUAUUCAUGCAUUCUUAAAGUACAUUAACAAUUAUAAAAACUGCUACAACUCACACCCUAAAAGUUUAGAAUGAAUAAUUUUUAAAUUGUAAUUAUUUAAUGUAUUAUUUAUUGUUUUCUUUGAGUUUUUUUUUGCUUCUUGGAACCUUUUGACAGGGAUGUGAUUAAAGAUGAUGAUGUUAAAUUGCUGUCAAUGUAACAUGAAUAUGUGAGCUGCGUGUUGUGGGAUCAACAAUAAACCUCGACUGAACUGAACAAAUCUGAGUGGAAUUUUAAUGAAGGAAUCAUAUGAUAUGAAAUAGAAAAAAUCUGGGAUGCAUCAGUUAUUUUAG